UUCGGAUCNCUUUUACCUACGUUAAGUUUGCCACAGCUGCUCUUCUAUCUAUGCUAGCAGGUUCCCAAACAGUUCAUCUAUACUACCGACCCCUGGAGGACCUGGAACAGCUGGUUAAAACAUUUGAAGAAAACAAUAAGAAGCUACAGCUGACUAAACAAGUUUUGCAACAAUCAACACAAUCAGAUUCUGAAACAAAAUAAACCUACGUCUUCCAAUCUGGUGGAAAAUAUUGAAACUCUAGAAUAGAAAGAACCCAGGAUCCAGAGGAUGCCGAUCUAUAAAUAUUUUGGCGCUGCUGCCAAGUAUCAUGGGAAACCAUUGUUCCAUAUCCUUUCAAACCUCAAGGAGUUUGGAAAAGGACGAAUAAUUAGCCGUGCAGGGUUCAAGGAUGAGAAACCAUCCUUCUACAGAGUAUUAUUUGCUCAGCCCUUAAUGGAUUCUAAGAGUGAAGAAGGUCGGGUAAUUGUAGAAAAGGUUAGAAAUGGAGUGAAGUACACUAAACCUGUGGAUCUGUCAAACAUUGCCCCACUUCCAGAUUUUAUUCUCAUCCCUAGAACUCAGGAAGAAGAAUUUUGCAAGUGGUCUGAGUUACGUGAAUACAGUCCAGAGAAGGAUAUUGUGGUUGAACCUAAAUAUUACACAAUGCCUCCUCUUCUCAGAUUAUUGAUGGAGAGAGAAAUGUCAAAGCGCGGAGAAGACUUGUCUGAGGAUAAAUUCCUUCUUCCUCAUUUUAAAACCUUCCAGAGAAAGGAUUGUGAUGUUCUGGAGGAUGGUCGGGUAGAGAAAUAUCAGGAAACUGUUACAAGGUGUGAGGGAACUGCUAGCUAUAGUUAUGCGGAUCAAGUCAGCAAAGAGUAUAGUUACGGAGUACUUACUCCAGAGGGGGCAGACACAGUCCUAAAACGAUUACCGGAAGAAGAACCUUUCCCGAAACCGGAAGUUGGUAUGCGACUGACAAAGAUACCCUGGAGUGAUAUGGAGAAAAGAAAUCGAGAAGAAGCCAGAACUAGCUAGUCCCUCUCCGUGUCAACUCGUGUUUUCGUAGAUUUUCCAGUUAUUUUGCGGAUUUUAUUGCCAGCAAACCUAGCCUGUUAUACAAGCAUUGUACUUUGAGCAUAAAUAUUUUCAGA